GAGAGCGGAAUAGCAGGAAGCAAGGUGAUAAAUGUACACCUGCACACCUAGGUGACACCACUCCUUUCAGUAAACCACACCAGUGAUGGUUGGCAGCGGCAGCGCCAUGAAAGCUGAGGUGACUUAACUACAUCUCUGGUGUCAUGAAACUUUUACCGGCAGAACUUUAACAAAGAUGUGGUCUGUCAAAGUCAUUAUUCUGCUUCUCUUCUGCUAUGCGUGUCUUUCCACUGAAGGUGACAAGGUGUGGUUUGAAUCCAAGAACUUUAACAACAUGCUUCGCUGGGAAGCGGCGGCGCCUUCGGUACCUGAACAAAAGGUGUUCUACAGUGUCCAGUACUGGAGGAAUGGUAACUCGGAUAUUUACAACAAGACCGAAUGUUACAAUAUAACUACGCUUGAAUGCGACCUGACUGCAGAAACACCAUCACUUCCUGACACUCAGUACUAUGCGAAAGUUUACGCCAAUGGUCAAGCUCAUGGACGCACCCAACAAUUAAAUCCUAUUGCGGACACUAUUCUGGGUCAACCUACAUUGGAUACACGCGUGACGUCGGUUUCCUUGCAAAUUCAUGCCACGAUUCCGUUGGGUCCUAAUGGCGCCUCCCUGGAGAACAUCAUCAGUCGCGGCAAAGGCUUCAAAUGUUCCAUGCGAUACAGCUAUUACAUCACCAAUCAUAAUCGCAGUAAAAAAGGAGAUAGCAAGUCGUCUGCUCAUUUUGUCAUCAGCUUGGCAGCCCACCCAACCAAUUAUUGUGGCUAUGUAUUCUACGAGCCUUCUUGCAACAAAGGUCGUCCAGUGAGCGAGAAUACCUCUUUCUGUGUAACAAUACCAGCUAAAAUCACUACGAGUCUAUCAUGGGUCCUCACUGGCACCGCCCUACUGGCAUUCAUCAUACUGUUGUCAUCUGGAGGUGUAUGUUUCUACAUGAAGGGCGGGACGGACAGGAAGCUGCCACGCUCACUGGAGAUACAUACUAGCAAACUACUGGCAAACCAUCAGCAUACCUCAGAGAGGAAACAGCUUAUUUCCACUGCGACCGUCUCUGCUAAAAAUCAGGAAAUCCACAAUUAUGUUCCUGUCAGGCCUAACGCAAACAGGGAUGUUUCCAUACACAGUAUGGACGGGAGUCCAAAUGAACAGCUGUCCAGUGCCCAUUCAUCUAUCGUCUACAGUUCUGUGUUGCUGGCUAAUCAGAACAAGCUCUCAACAGUCCUCGUGGAAGAUGUGGAAAAAACACCACCUCCUCUACAAAUUGCAACCUCUGAGGACGAGGAUCCGGUUGGACAGCUGACGUUGAAGACCACGCGAGACGCAAACGGUCAACUUAAGUUGACGUCAGUCCAUUUCCAUGUAGAAAAGCUUGAAUCUAAAAAGGACUUGGUUUUAGCUCAGCUGAAUCGCUUGAAUAGCUCUGAAUCGUCGGACUCCGGGUGUGUGGAUGAGACGCUAAACACUCCGACCCCAAGGGACUCUGACUCAACUCAUUCAGAUCCACUUGGAGUUUACCUACGCAAUGACGUACUACCAAAAGAUGUCAAUCCAACUUCGGAAUACAAACAAAACUGGAUGCCUCUAAUUGCGCCUAAAGACAAGCAAGACUACGUGAGCAGAGAUCAACCUUGGGGGUUUUCUGGUUUUAGAGAAACAGAGGAAGGCAAUUUAAAUGACAAUGCAGGAAUGCCAGGAAAAUUUCUUGAAGGUUGGGUGUUACAGAUACAAGAGUGACACUUUACUAUUCCUUCAAGCAUUGGAAAGCUUUUCUUAUCGACUGUAUCCUUCAAGAAAGUUGGACAAGUUACAAACUUACAUUUCAGUCCCUUCAGGAUAUACAGUAUGUGCAUUGUGAUUGACUAGAAAUUUGUCUGUUUUGUCGAUACAUGCUAUGUGAUUGAAUGGAGGUGAGCAUCAUUUCUCUACACGUGGUCUAUAUACGUAUGAUCUGUGAUUGACUAUCAAAAUGUUCACUGUUUGUCAAUUUGAACUAAAAUCUACUGGUCACUAGUCCAUAAUGAGGAAUUUGCUUUUGGCAGGAUUUGUUGACAAUUGACUAGAUUUUCAGUGAAGUUUCAGUGUUUGGCAAAGAUUUUGCAGAAUCCUGGAGGCCUUUAGACCAGGGGUCCCCAACCUUUUUUGCACCACGGACCGGUGUGAUUAGGGUCUUUUUUUCCACAGACCGGUGUUCUGUCAAAUUUUGCACCCAUAUAAAAUUUUGCUCCAAAAGCUUUUGUGGCAGUGAAAAAAAGCCCUCUUUUAUAUUCAGUUGGACUCUUAAUGUUAUCCAACGGUGCUAAAAAAACUUAACAUCACAAACAUACAGUGGGGCAAAUAAGUAUUUAGUCAGCCACUAAUUGUGAAAGUUCUCCCACUUGAAAAUAUUAGAGAGGCCUGUAAUGGCGUACCGCACGCAGACUAUUUUUUGACCGUGACGUCGCAUCGUAAAGCGGAAGUAAACCCGAAGUGGGACAUUAUAGACCAGCCCUCGCAUAGACUUAACGUAAUUUGUGCUAAUUUUCGCCGGUAAUCUUUCAAAAACGAACAUGCCGAUCACGCAUUGCUUUUUUGGAACUUGGAGAAACUACUCUAGACAUUACGACACAUGAAGGAUGUUUCUUCUUACGUUUCCGGAAACCAAAAACUCGGGAGGAAAAAAUGUGAAGACCGAAUCAAUUUGCGCGGACUUUAACACCAGCUCGGUGAAUCCAUUCACAUUUCGUAUGCAGUAAACAUUAUGUUGGGUUGGCAUGGUCUUUCAGAGGACAAAGAGCUAAGCCAUUUUUAUAUUUUUAACUUAUUCUUUUAGCGUAACGUCGUGCUGUACUGCUUCUGUCUGACAAUGAAUGACCUGAAAAGAAUUACAAUGGUAUCUGACUGCCACUGUUACCGUUUCUGUUAUAUAUAUAUAUUAUAUAAAACAACUUUAGUAAGGGGGAAGUGUAAAUAAAUUAUAGAAUUAAGAUGUGUUAUCAAUGAAAAAACUAAAAAAGUUCGUUGGCUGUCACUGAGUAGCAUUUGCGAUCGCUACACAAAGCCAACUAAAUUACCCCCAAGAACGGUAAGAGACGUAGGACAACCAGAGGAUAUAUAAGAAAGACAGGGCUGAUGGUAAAGGAUAGCUUGUUGAAACAGGAGAAUGUCAUUGUCAGUCGCGUCGAUAAAAAAGCUAAAGCUAUGCUUAGGUCGGCUCGUUUUUUUCCGUAUUUUUCAGCCUUCGACACUCAAGCCAUCUCUUUAACUGAAGAUUUUUAUGUUCUUCCACAUCUUUGCCAGUGAAUUUGGCACCAGGCACAUCAUUUUCGGAGAAAAUUGGGAGGUUUAGCUCUGUAAACAUCUCCUUCGUACACGAUUUCCAUUCAUUUCCUAUUAGGGACAAACCGUGGCUUCUCCCUACUUAGCAACAGUAGCUAAUGUCAUUAAUAUUAAUGAGCGGAAGUGACGUGUUGCUUGCGGUACGCCAUUGCCAAUUUCAACAAUGGGUAAACCUCAACCAUGAGAGACAGAAUGUGGAAAAAAAACCCUGAAAAAUCACAUUU